UCGGGAACCCCUGCAUCACAGCGGAGUUGCGGAGUCGAGAGCGUGUGAGAAAGAGAGUGUGAGUGUGUGAACGCGCGCGCUUGAGAGAGAAAGAGACCACCUCAGCACAUCCUACAAGCAUGAGCGAGAGACAAGGAUCCGGAGCAGCCACUGGAAACAGCAAACCCUUAGGGGGUCAAGAUGCAUCCAAGAAGGACGUUCCACCCGAGGAGGACUUCGACAUCGACAUGGGCGCCCCCGAGACCGAGAAGGCCGCCGUCGCCAUCCAGUCGCAGUUCAGAAAGUACCAGAAGAAAAAGCAUGAUGUGAAGUCCUAGGCAGGGCUGGGGCGCAGGCGAGGCCCCAGGAAAGGCCCCUGAGCGCCGUGAGGGCUAGCUAUUUGCAUGUCUAAUAAACCGCACCAUCAUGGACCCGAGGGUGGAGGUUGGGGGUGGGGGUUACGGGUUAGCUUUUGGGAACUGGGACCAGAAACGUGAAGUGAACCAUAACCCUGUCUGUCCUGUCCGUCACCGGCAUCUCUCUGGAAUAAUAAAUGUCAUCAUUUCACAUCAGUCCAUCAUCCCCCUGUCUGUUGAUUUGUAGAUAUAAUGGCCUUUCCCUUUAUUGCUUCUUUUGAUAUGCACUGAUAUUUAACUGAUUUAUGUGUUGUUUCCAUUUGUCUUUGUUUUAAAAAAUCUGAUUUUUUAAAAAGUAUAUAUAUAAACAUAUAUAUGAUAUUAAACCCUGGCCAGCAUUAGAUUUAUGGAAUUUUCUUCUGUUUGUAGCUCGAAAAACACCUGGAGAGACAGAAUAUAUAUUUAACAUUCUGACAAAAUAAAGCAAGAGGUAUGAACGAAUGAAUGAAUUCCUCAGCUGUGGAAUCCUGAAGCGUAAGAUCUUUCAGAGGUUUUCCAUUAUUUAAAGCCAGACAUCACCAAAUCACAUCUCUCACAAAUAACGUCAGAUCAGAAGGGUUGUUUUUUGACUAAACAAACAAAGAAAUUCCAGAUUAUGCGCCAUUUUAACCCUUUACUGUUCUUCUGGGCCCGUGAGCAUUGACUGCUGUAUUCAUGUUGUUCGGUUCUAGAGCUUGUUCACAUCCAUUAACAACAGUGCUUCAGUGCUCGUGACCCAUCCUUCCUCAUAACUCAACUCUGACUGUAGCCGAAUGUGGCUUCAUGAGUAGAUAUUGUGUUUGUGCUACAACAUCCCUCAAAAUCAAGCAAUGUUUUAUCAACCAUGUGACCUGUACCACACUAUACUGUCCAUUAAACACUUAAUAUAGAAACUUACUACAAAUAAAUAUUGAGAAGAACAAGA